UCCGAUUUAAUAAGGCGGUGAAUUCAGUUGUGCGACUUUGAUUUGCUAGACGUUAAUUGGAGCCAAUUUGCAAGCAAACACAGGUAAAUGCUUGACUCAAACAUAUCGGAGCACUGCGAAGUUGCCCAGCUCUGAAAGCGGUGUCGCAAAGUAAACAAAUCAAAUAGCAAAUCGCUUUUGAGUCGAAACUAAAACGUGUUCACAACUACAAGUGCAGCGAAGAGAGAGCUUCGCUUGAAAGUAUACGGCAUCGGAAUCCAACUCGUCCAAUAUGGAAUCUGUGAACUGUUACCUCGCCCUGGAGGACGGCACUGUGUUGCCCGGCUACUCCUUUGGCUACGUGCCCUCGGGCGAACAAUCCAAAGUGGGUGUUGGUGGCGAGGUUGUCUUCCAAACGGGCAUGGUCGGCUACACGGAGGCGCUUACGGAUCGAUCGUACAGUGGUCAGAUCCUGGUGCUCACGUACCCGCUGAUCGGUAACUAUGGGGUACCGGCUCCGGAUGAGGACGAGCACGGACUGCCGCUGCACUUUGAGUGGAUGAAGGGCGUUGUCCAGGCCACCGCCUUGGUGGUGGGCGAUGUGGAUGAUGAGGCAUCGCACUGGCGCAAAUGGAAGACGCUGCCCCAAUGGCUGCAGCAGCACAAGGUUCCCGGAAUUAAAGACAUCGAUACCCGAGCCCUGACCAAAAAGCUGAGGGAGCAGGGAAGCAUGUUAGGCAAGAUUGUCUACGAGAAACCGCCGGUCGAGGGACUGCCUAAGUCCAGUUUCGAGGAUCCGAACGUCAAGAAUUUGGCCAAGGAGUGCAGCGUUAAGGAGCGACAUGUGUACGGGGAUCCCAAUGGCAAGGGACCCCGGAUCGCCAUUCUGGACUGCGGACUGAAGCUCAACCAGCUGCGCUGCUUGCUGCAACGUGGCGCCUCGGUGACCUUGCUCCCCUGGAGCGCUCGUCUCGAGGAUGAGCAGUUCGACGCCCUCUUCCUGUCCAACGGACCCGGCAAUCCGGAGAGCUGCGACCAGAUCGUCCAACAGGUGCGAAAAGUGAUUGAGGAGGGUCAAAAGCCCGUCUUUGGCAUCUGCCUGGGUCACCAACUGCUGGCGAAGGCCAUCGGCUGCUCCACGUACAAGAUGAAGUACGGCAAUCGAGGCCACAAUCUGCCCUGCUUGCACCGGGCAACUGGACGCUGCCUGAUGACGUCGCAGAAUCACGGAUACGCGGUCGAUUUGGAGCAGUUGCCCGACGGCUGGUCGGAGCUGUUUGUGAAUGCCAACGACGGCACCAACGAGGGCAUUGUCCAUGCCAGCAAGCCCUACUUUUCAGUUCAGUUCCAUCCAGAGCAUCACGCUGGACCGCAGGACACGGAGUUCCUGUUUGAUGUCUUCCUGGAGAGCAUUACGCAGAAGGACCUAACCAUUCCGCAGCUGAUUGAGCAGCGAUUGCGUCCGACUAGGAUUGCCAAAGAUCCGGCUCCAGUGAAGCCGCGCAAAGUCCUAAUCUUGGGAUCCGGUGGACUGUCCAUUGGCCAGGCUGGCGAGUUUGACUACUCCGGCUCGCAAGCCAUCAAAGCGAUGAGGGAAUCAAACAUUCAGACCGUGCUCAUCAAUCCGAACAUAGCCACCGUACAGACCUCCAAGGGAAUGGCCGACAAGUGCUACUUCCUGCCCUUAACACCUCACUAUGUGGAGCAGGUGAUCAAGUCGGAGCGUCCGAACGGAGUACUCCUCACCUUCGGCGGCCAAACGGCCCUCAAUUGUGGCGUGGAACUGGAGCGCGCCGGAGUGUUCUCGAAGUACAAUGUCCGCAUUCUGGGCACUCCCAUCCAGUCGAUCAUCGAGACGGAGGACCGAAAGCUCUUUGCCGAGCGGGUGAACGAGAUUGGCGAGCAGGUGGCGCCAUCUGAGGCGGUAUACUCCGUUGCAGAGGCACUGGAUGCCGCCAGUCGCUUGGGUUAUCCGGUGAUGGCCCGUGCUGCCUUCUCCCUCGGCGGACUGGGUUCCGGAUUCGCCAACAACGAGCAGGAGCUGCAAAGCCUGGCCCAACAGGCACUGGCCCACUCGAGUCAGCUAAUUGUGGACAAAUCCCUGAAGGGAUGGAAGGAGGUGGAGUACGAGGUGGUGCGCGACGCCUACGACAACUGCAUUACCGUUUGCAACAUGGAGAACUUCGAUCCCCUGGGCAUUCACACGGGCGAGAGUAUAGUGGUGGCCCCCUCGCAGACCCUCUCGGAUCGCGAGUACCAAAUGCUCCGGAGCACCGCCCUGAAGGUGAUCCGUCACUUUGGCGUCGUUGGCGAGUGCAACAUCCAGUACGCCUUGUGUCCCCAUUCGGAGCAGUACUACAUUAUCGAGGUGAAUGCCCGACUGUCGCGCAGCUCCGCGUUGGCCAGCAAGGCCACCGGCUAUCCUCUGGCCUAUGUGGCCGCCAAGUUGGCUUUGGGAAUGCCCCUGCCAGAUAUCAAGAACUCGGUGACGGGCAAUACGACGGCCUGCUUUGAGCCAUCCCUGGAUUACUGUGUGGUCAAGAUUCCACGCUGGGAUCUGGCGAAAUUCGUGCGAGUUAGCAAGCACAUCGGCAGCUCCAUGAAAAGCGUCGGUGAGGUGAUGGCCAUCGGCCGCAACUUCGAGGAAGCGUUUCAAAAAGCCCUGCGCAUGGUGGACAGCGAUGUGCUUGGCUUCGAUCCGGAUGUGGUGCCGCUUGACGCUGGUCGGACGCAGCUGGUCGAGCAGCUUUCGGAGCCGACUGAUCGUCGUCCCUUCGUCAUCGCCGCUGCUCUGAAUUUGGGCAUGGAGAUCUCUGAACUGCAUCAACUAACCAAUAUCGAUUGCUGGUUCCUCGACAAACUGAGGAGGAUCAUCGAUCUUCAGUUCGAACUCACCAGGGCUGGCAGUCGAAUCGAUGCCGCUCUGCUGCUGAAGGCCAAGCGUUUCGGUUUUUCGGACAAGCAGAUAGCUAAGGCCAUCAAGAGCACGGAGCUCGCUGUUCGCCACCAGCGGCAGGAGUUUGGCAUCCGCCCGCAUGUCAAGCAGAUCGACACGGUAGCCGGCGAAUGGCCCGCCAGUACCAACUAUCUGUACAACACGUAUAACGGAAGCGAGCACGAUGUGGACUUCCCCGGCGGGCACACCAUUGUGGUGGGCUCGGGCGUCUACCGAAUCGGAUCCUCCGUGGAGUUCGAUUGGUGUGCCGUGGGCUGCCUGCGCGAACUGAGGAAGCUUCAGCGACCCACCAUCAUGAUUAAUUACAACCCGGAAACUGUGUCCACCGACUACGACAUGUGCGAUCGCUUGUACUUCGAGGAGAUUAGCUUCGAGGUGGUCAUGGACAUCUACGAGAUGGAGAAUAGCGAGGGCAUCAUUCUGUCCAUGGGCGGCCAGCUGCCCAACAACAUAGCCAUGGAUCUGCAUCGCCAGCAGGCCAAGGUGUUGGGCACAUCGCCGGAGUCCAUCGACUGUGCCGAAAAUCGAUUCAAGUUCUCGCGCAUGCUGGACAGGAAGGGCAUUCUGCAGCCGCGCUGGAAGGAGCUGACCAACCUACAGUCGGCCAUCGACUUUUGCGAGGAGGUUGGCUAUCCCUGUCUGGUUAGGCCAUCCUAUGUGCUCUCCGGCGCGGCCAUGAAUGUGGCCUAUUCCAAUCAGGAUCUGGAGACGUACCUGAACGCCGCCUCGGAGGUGAGCCGCGAGCAUCCGGUGGUCAUCUCCAAGUUCCUCACCGAGGCCAAGGAGAUCGAUGUGGAUGCAGUGGCGGCCGAUGGACGCAUCUUGUGCAUGGCUGUUUCGGAGCACGUGGAGAAUGCCGGAGUGCAUUCUGGUGAUGCCACGCUGGUCACCCCGCCGCAGGAUCUGAAUGCGGAGACCUUGGAGGCCAUCAAGCGGAUCACUUGCGAUCUGGCCAGCGUACUGGAUGUCACCGGCCCCUUCAACAUGCAGCUGAUUGCCAAGAACAACGAGCUAAAGGUUAUCGAAUGCAAUGUCCGGGUGUCUCGAUCCUUCCCCUUCGUCUCCAAGACGCUGGACCAUGACUUUGUGGCCACGGCGACGCGGGCCAUUGUGGGACUCGAUGUGGAACCGCUGGAUGUGCUCCAUGGCGUCGGCAAGGUGGGCGUCAAGGUGCCCCAGUUCAGUUUCUCCCGUCUCGCUGGCGCGGAUGUCCAGCUGGGCGUCGAGAUGGCCUCCACCGGCGAGGUGGCCUGCUUCGGGGACAACCGCUAUGAGGCGUAUCUCAAGGCCAUGAUGUCCACCGGCUUCCAGAUACCCAAGAACGCCGUGCUCCUCUCCAUUGGCAGUUUCAAGCACAAGAUGGAGCUGCUGCCUUCUAUUCGAGAUCUGGCCAAGAUGGGUUACAAGCUAUACGCUUCCAUGGGCACUGGCGACUUUUAUGCCGAACACGGAGUUGAUGUGGAAUCCGUGCAGUGGACAUUCGACAAGACGACUCCCGACGACAUCAACGGGGAGCUGAGGCACCUGGCCGAGUUCCUGGCCAACAAGCAGUUCGACCUGGUCAUCAACCUCCCGAUGAGCGGCGGGGGCGCCAGGCGGGUCUCCUCGUUCAUGACCCAUGGCUACCGCACCCGUCGCCUGGCCGUGGACUACUCCAUUCCGCUGGUGACCGAUGUGAAGUGCACCAAGCUGCUGGUGGAAUCGAUGCGCAUGAACGGUGGCAAACCGCCAAUGAAGACGCACACGGAUUGCAUGACCUCGCGGAGGAUUGUGAAGCUGCCGGGUUUCAUCGAUGUGCACGUGCACUUGCGGGAGCCGGGAGCCACGCACAAGGAGGACUUCGCCAGUGGGACAGCAGCCGCCUUGGCUGGCGGAGUGACCCUCGUGUGCGCCAUGCCCAACACGAAUCCCUCGAUCGUGGACAGAGAGACGUUCAACCAGUUCCAGGAGCUGGCCAAAGCGGGAGCUCGGUGCGACUAUGCCCUGUAUGUGGGCGCCUCGGAUGGGAACUGGGCGCAGGUCAACGAGCUGGCCAGUCAGGCGUGUGGCCUGAAAAUGUACCUGAACGACACCUUCGGAACCCUGAAGCUGAGCGACAUGACCAGCUGGCAGAGGCAUCUCACCCACUGGCCCAAGCGGGCGCCCAUCGUUUGCCAUGCGGAGAAGCAGAGCACAGCGGCUGUGAUCAUGCUGGCCCAUCUGCUGGACCGUUCCGUUCACAUCUGCCACGUGGCGCGAAAGGAGGAGAUCCAGUUGAUCCGUGCCGCCAAGGAGAAGGGCAUCAAGGUGACGUGCGAGGUGUGCCCCCAUCACUUGUUCCUCAGCACCAAGGAUGUGGAGCGUUUGGGUCACGGAAUGUCCGAGGUGAGGCCAUUGCUCUGCUCGCCGGAGGAUCAAGAGGCGCUGUGGGAGAAUAUUGAUUACAUCGAUGUGUUUGCCACCGAUCACGCGCCACACACGCUGGCCGAGAAACGUUCGGAGCGUCCGCCGCCGGGAUUUCCGGGAGUGGAGACCAUUUUGCCGCUCCUCCUGCAGGCCGUGCACGAGGGUCGUUUGACGCUGGAGGACAUCAAGAGGAAGUUCCAUCGCAAUCCGAGAAUCAUCUUCAACCUGCCCGAACAGGCGCACACCUAUGUGGAGGUGGAUCUGGACGAGGAGUGGACCAUAACGGGCAGCGAGAUGAAGAGCAAGUCCGGCUGGACGCCAUUCGAGGGCACCAAGGUCAAGGGACGCGUCCACCGCGUCGUUCUCCGCGGCGAGGUCGCCUUCAUCGAUGGCCAAGUGCUGGUGCAGCCCGGCUUCGGGCUGAAUGUGCGUGCCAAACAGGGGCAACUGACGUCGGAGGCGUCGCAGGAUCUGCUACCCAGCGACAGCGAUGCCAACGACACCUUUGCCCGCCUCCUUACCGCCGGCGGAGCCGGUGCUGCCGGUGCAGCCGUACAUGGCACAUCGACCAAGGUGCACUUUGUGGACGGAGCCAACUACCUGCGCCCCACCUCGCCAUCACCGCGCGUCCGUCUGGAUUCCGCCAGCAACACCACGCUGCGGGAGUACUUGCAGCGCACUUCCAGCCCAAAUCCGGUGGCCCACUCGCUGGUGGGCAAGCACAUCCUUGCCGUCGACAUGUUCAACAAAGAGCACCUCAACGACAUCUUUAACCUGGCACAACUGCUCAAGUUGCGGGUGACAAAGGAUCGUCCGGUAGACGAGCUGCUGCGCGGCAAGAUCAUGGCCAGUGUGUUCUACGAGGUCAGCACGCGGACGCAGUGCAGCUUCGCAGCUGCCAUGCUGCGUUUGGGAGGCCGAGUGAUCAGCAUGGACCAGAUCACGUCGUCGGUGAAGAAGGGCGAGAGCCUGGAGGACAGCAUCAAGGUGAUGGCCAGCUACGCUGACGUCAUGGUGUUGCGUCAUCCCACGCCCGGAGCUGUAGCGCGCGCAGCAACCUUCUCCCGCAAGCCGCUGAUCAAUGCCGGCGAUGGCGUCGGCGAGCAUCCCACGCAGGCGCUGCUGGACAUCUUCACCAUCCGCGAGGAGUUCGGCACGGUGAACGGGCUGACCAUCACCAUGGUGGGUGACUUGAAGAACGGGCGCACGGUGCACUCGCUGGCCCGCCUGCUGACCCUGUACAAUGUGACCCUGCAGUAUGUGGCGCCGCCCAGCCUGCAGAUGCCCAACGAGGUUGUCGAGUUCGUCCACCAGCGCGGCAUCAAGCAGCUCUUCGCCUACGAACUAAAAAACAUGCUGCCCGACACGGAUGUGAUCUACAUGACGCGCAUUCAGCGCGAGCGAUUCGAGAACGUGGCGGAUUACGAGAAUUGCUGUGGCCAGCUGGUGCUGACGCCCGAGCUGAUGACGCUUGCCAAGAAGCGCUCGAUUGUGCUGCAUCCACUGCCGCGUCUGGACGAGAUCAGCCGCGACAUCGACUCGGACCCGAGGGCCGCCUACUUCCGGCAGGCGGAGUACGGCAUGUACAUCCGCAUGGCAUUGCUGGCCAUGGUCGUUGGUGGACGCAACACGGCGCUCUAGAGGAUCUCCCCCUGGAAGACCUGCAAUCUUUGACUCUCUACUAUUUUUUUGUAUACUAUCUUUUUUACUACACAUGUACGCAGCUGCAUACGAAUAUAUUGAUCCAUUUGGUUAAA